AUGGUGGACGGAAAGAUUUGGGUACCGAAUUACGCCCCGCUACGGCAGAUCCUAUUGGAGGAGUUUCAUGACGUACCAUACGCGGGACAUUUCGGGAGCAACAAGACGUUAGCGGGAAUAGCGAAGUAUUACUACUGGCCCGGGAUGGCAGCAGACGUGCAGCAGUUCGUCACCUCCUGCGACACGUGCCAGCGGAUGAAGAGUAGCAAGCAGAAGAAAGCAGGGUUACUUCAGCCUCUACCCGUACCGGAGCAGCCAUGGCAGGUCGUUAGCCUCGACUUCAUCACGGGACUUCCUUCGACCUCACGAGGACACGAUUCCAUCCUCGUAGUCAUCGACAAGUUCUCCAAAAUGGGUCACUUCAUACCGACCAACGCCACAGCUACAGCUGAAGCAACUGCUCGACUCUUCUUCGACCGCAUCAUCACCAUCCACGGCAUCCCCGCUACACUCAUCUCAGACAGAGAUCCCAAGUUCACUAGUAAGUUCUGGAAGGAGCUUAUGGGACUGUUGGGGACUAAGCUUGCGAUGUCUUCAGCAUACCAUCCCCAGACUGACGGACAGACAGAGCGACUCAAUCAGGUGGUUGAACAGUUACUGCGCACAGCUUGCAAGGACGACAUCAGCCACUGGGACACACAGUUACUGAACUUAGAGUUCGCUUACAACAACGCCUCGCAUGCGGCCACAGGAAAAACUCCUUUCUUCCUGUGUUACGGACGGGAACCACUUACACCACAGCAGCCAACCACACCGGCACACGUCCAAGCCGCACACGACUUCGUCACCACCAUGCAGCAGCUAUGGGAGAAGACUCAGCGACGUCUCACCACGAUGCAGAACUCCCAGAAGCAGUAUGCCGAUCGCCAGCGACGAGAUCACUUAGUAGCAGUCGGAGAUCAGGUGCUUCUUGACACGCGCAACUUGAACCUGUCUCACCUACCAUCCAAACUCCGGCCUCGCUUCUGCGGUCCAUUUCUCGUGGAGGCACAGGUGACACCAGUUACGUACCGCUUGCGCUUACCAGAUACGUGGAAGCUUCACAACGCUUUCCAUGUUCAGCUACUGAAGCCCUACAAGGACCCCAACCAACAGUUCCAGGGACGGCAGCUACCGCCACCACCACCUGUUCUUGUGCAGGAUGAACCAGAGUACGAGAUCGAGCGCGUUCUCACUCAUCGGCGCCGCGGUGGCAAGACCCUCGAGUUCCUGAUACGCUGGAAGGGAUACGACCCCACUGAGGACAGUUGGGUUGCAGAAGCUAAUAUGGGCAACGCACGCCGUGCUCUCAAGGACUAUCUUGUCAAGCAGGGUGUAUCUCACGCCACCCAGCUUUGA